UGAACAGGCGGGAGAGCGUCCGCCUGAGUGACCGCCACAUCCCGCAGGUGGCCAUGAUCCGCAAGAAGCUGAUAGUGAUCGGGGACGGGGCUUGCGGCAAGACCUGCCUGCUGACUGUCUUCAUCAGGGACGAGUUCCCCGAGGGCUAUGUGCCUAACGUCUUCGAGAACUACGUGGCCGACAUGGAGGUGGACGGCAAGCAGGUGGAGCUGGCGCUGUGGGACACGGCCGGCCAGGAGGGCUACGACCGCCUGCUGCCGUUUCAAUACGCUGGUACGGACGUCAUCCUCAUGUGCUUCUCCGUGGACAGCCCGGACUCCCUGGAGAACAUCCCGGAGAAGUGGGUGCCCGAGGUCAAGCGCUUCUGCCCCAAUGUGCCCAUCAUCCUGGUGGCCAACAAGAAGGACCUACGGAACGACGAGCACAUCCGCAACGAGCUGGCACGGAUGAAGCAGAAGCCGGUGCGGACCGAAGACGGACGGGCUAUGGCCGUCCGUAUAUCCGCCUACGAGUACCUGGAGUGCUCCGCCAAAAACAAGGACGGGGUGAAGGAGGUCUUCGAGACGGCCACCAGGGCGGCGCUCCAGAAGAGGCACGGCGGAUAUACGGACGGCCAUAGCCCGUCCGUCUUUGGUCCGCACCGGCUUCUGCUUCAUCCGCGCCAGCUCGUUGCGGAUGUGCUCGUCAUUCCGUAGGUCCUUCUUGUUGGCCACCAGGAUGAUGGGCACAUUGGGGCAGAAGUGCUUGACCUC